AUGCAGAACGCAAAAUCGUACUUUCAGGAAAACAGCUCGUGGUCGCUGAUCGACUAUUUGAAAUAUCGAGAAAACUCGCUGGAUUUUGAUGACAGGUCAAGAGAGCACAGAGCAUACGCCAAAGUCCUCGAGAAUAUGCUCCAAGACAAAUCCGAAGAGUGGUGUACGAAAGCUGAAGUUACUCUUAAACAGUUUGAGUCCGAGAAGUCUUCUGCGGCGGUCAGUGCUUUCUGGGACUCAGUUUAUAGAAGACGUUAUGAGAGAGAUAUUGAAUUGCUACAGUUAAAAUACACCAAGAGUGCAUUAAUGGAUAUCAUGAGUGAAAUGGAGCAAAUACGGGCCACUGUGGCUGAUAAAUCAAUAAAAACACUAAAACAUGCACUGUCUGGCGGUGAGACAUCCAAUAAACAAAAACGUCAGAAGAAUGGUGAAGAGGAAGUGUAG